AAAGCCCGCUGGAUCCUCCACUGACCUGCUGUUCUUUCCUGCUUUCCUCUUGCAUUUUUUUUCCACAUUUAGAUUAAAAACAAAGCUCUCACUCUCUCUCUCUCUCUCACUCUCACUCCCUUCUCCCUUCCCCUCCUCCUCCUCUUUCUUCUUCUUCUUAUCCUCCUUCUUCUUUUCUGCGGCAGCAGUCAAGGCAGAGGCUUCAGUGUGUCAGAGAGAGGGUGAAGAGGAGGGAAAAGAAGAGAAGAAGACUAUUUGAUCGAGCUGAGUGUUUGUUUAUGUUUGUAUGUUUCACCAUUGGACGGCUGGGUGAAGGGGCAGGAGGAGAAGAGGGGAGAAGAGUAGGAGAAGUGGAAGAGGGGAGCUUGUCUGGAUAAAAUUCUGUGUGUCAUGUCACUACGUGUGGACCCUGACUGAUCACAGGGUGAGGAAAAGGCUGAGAGACACUGAGGAGGAGAAACUGAGACUUUCACUGUGGAAAGAACAAGAAAGAAGAGGAGAAGGUAAAGUCUGGUGCUCCGUUUUGUCAGGAUAUUGUUGGACGAAGGAAUUGACAGACUUCUUCAGUUGUGCGUCAAGAGGAAUUUUCAAUAAAAGAUAGAGAGGGAGCAAAGAGGGAAGAGUAAAGACUGCUGCGUUCAACCCUGCUAAGGAGCAGGAACUGGACUUACUGACUGGUGAGAGUGUGGGGGUUUGUGUGUGCGUGUGUGUGUGGCUGUGUAACCGGUGGAGGGCAGAGGAGUGGAGGGCCAGGGGACUAACCUGGCCAUCAAACGGACUGGCAGCCUCUCCUCUCCUGGGAUCAUGUACCCUCAGGGCAGGCAUCCGGUCCCCUUGCAACCUGGCCAGUCUUUCAAGUUCACAGUCCUGGAAACUCUGGACCGUAUCAAGGAGGAAUUCCAAUUCCUCCAGGCUCAGUAUCACAGCCUGAAGCUAGAGUGUGAGAAGCUGGCCAGUGAGAAGACUGAGAUGCAGAGGCACUACAUCAUGUACUAUGAAAUGUCCUACGGUCUCAACAUUGAGAUGCACAAACAGGCGGAGAUUGUCAAGCGUCUCAGUGCCAUCUGUGCUCAGAUCAUCCCUUUCCUCUCUCAAGAGCACCAGCAACAGGUGGUCCAAGCUGUGGAGAGGGCCAAACAGGUCACUAUGGCUGAACUCAACGCUAUCAUCGGGCAGCAGCAGCUCCAGCACCUGUCUCACCACGCCCCUGGCAUCCCCCUGACGCCACACCCAUCAGGGCUGUCCCUGGGCGCGGGGAGCUCAGGACUUCUGGCACUGACAGGGGCCUUGGGGGUCUCAGCCCACCUUGCCUCCAAAGAUGAGCGCAACCAUCUGGACCCUGAACAUCUCAGAGAGGGAGCACCCAGCAGGAGUAAGUCGGUGUCCUCCACAGACAGCCAGCCCAAUGAAGAGCGCCAAGGCCCAUCAGGAGGUUACGCCUCCUCACAGGGAGGAGCUGAGGCCAAGAGGAGGCGCUGUGAUGACAAAGAGUCUCUCCCACCACAUUCCUACGACAGUGAUGGAGACAAGAGUGAAGACAAUCUUGUUGUGGAUGUCUCCAAUGAGGAGCCAAACUCUCCUGCUGGCAGCCCUCCCCAUUCACCCCAUGGGAACGGGUUAGAUCGGGCCCCUACUCUAAGGAAAGAGCUUCCAGGGUCCUCAAGCACAGGAGAGGCUCCCUCUACGCCAAACCCUCGCAGCCCAACCACAGGGAAGGCCAAGGACCCUGGACAGAUGGAUAAGUCCCAGUCCCCGUUAUCAAAGUCUGGCACCCCAUCUCCAUCCCACCGCGAGGCCCUUACCCCGGGAGCACCAGGGGCCCCGGGGGCUCCUGGUCCCAGCACCUCCUGCCUUCGCCUAGUCAGCAAAGCAGCAACCAGUGCAGAUCCCCUUGCUCUCCGCAGUCCCAUGUCUGUGCCCCCCGGUUCAUACCCGGCUCAUUUUGGCGUGGUGUCCCACGCAGGACUGAAUGGGGAGCUGGCCAGCCCAGGAGGUUUUGGAGGGGCUCUAACUCUCUCCCCGCAAAUCAGCGCAGCGGCCAGCGCCUACUCCAGAAGCCCCAUGGUGGCGUAUGACUCUCGGUCUCACCUAAGGGCCCCAGGGCUGCCCUCCUCUCUUCCUGGUUCUUCUGGUGGCAAACCCGCCUACUCGUUCCAUGUGAGCGCAGACGGCCAGAUGCAGCCAGUGCCCUUUCCUCCCGAUGCUCUGCUGGGUCCGGGAAUCCCUCGUCACGCCCGUCAAAUCCACACCCUGAACCACGGAGAGGUGGUGUGCGCUGUCACCAUCAGCACCUCCACACGUCAUGUCUACACCGGAGGGAAGGGCUGCGUCAAGGUGUGGGACAUCAGCCAACCAGGAAGCAAGAACCCCAUGGCCCAGCUGGACUGUCUAAACAGGGAUAACUACAUCCGCUCCUGUAAAAUCCUCCCAGAUGGGCGAACCUUGAUUGUUGGAGGAGAGGCCAGCACGUUGUCAAUCUGGGAUUUGGCCACGCCAACUCCCCGCAUCAAGGCGGAGCUGACGUCGUCUGCUCCCGCCUGCUACGCUCUGGCCAUCUCCCCUGACAACAAGGUCUGCUUUUCCUGCUGUAGUGACGGCAACAUCGUUGUCUGGGACCUCCACAACCAGACGCUGGUCAGGCAGUUCCAGGGCCACACAGACGGCGCAAGCUGCAUCGAUAUUUCCAACGACGGCACCAAGCUUUGGACAGGAGGGCUGGACAACACAGUCCGCUGCUGGGACCUCCGAGAGGGACGCCAGCUGCAGCAGCACGACUUCACCUCACAGAUCUUCUCUCUGGGCUACUGUCCGACAGGCGAGUGGUUGGCUGUGGGAAUGGAGAGCAGUAACGUAGAAGUCCUACAUGUCUCCAAACCUGACAAGUAUCAGCUGCACCUCCACGAGAGCUGCGUUCUCUCCCUCAAGUUCGCCUACUGCGGAAAGUGGUUCGUGAGUACAGGAAAAGACAAUCUGUUGAAUGCAUGGAGGACACCUUAUGGAGCUAGUAUUUUCCAGUCCAAGGAGUCUUCAUCUGUGCUGAGCUGUGAUGUCUCCCCAGACGACAAGUACAUAGUAACUGGCUCUGGGGACAAGAAGGCCACGGUGUACGAGGUGGUGUACUGAGGGCCGGGACAAGAUGGGAAGAGACAAGGUGGAGAUUUUAGGGGCGGGCAACUCUGACAACCACUCCUGAUCCUCAUUACAUCAGCAACGGCAGCACCUCCGUCUCAGUCCUCUCGAGUCCUUCUGAUUAUUACCCCUAAAACAUCACUCCCUCUCCCCCUUUUUUUGCUGUGAUAUAAGCUACUGUGGAAGCUCCCAAAUGCUAUCUCCCCUCCUCCCCCUUCCACUUUUAGCCCGAGGAUGAGGCAUGAUAGCAGAGAGAGAGGCAGAAUGGGAAGCAGCAAGAUAAGAAGGACAAAGGAAAAGGGUGGUGAAGCAUAAAGAUAAAGUUUGGAGGAGAAGGAGGGAAAGAUGAGGAGAGGAGAGAGUAAGUGCGGAAGGAAGAAAUGAAAGAGAGGAAAAGGACGAUGAGGAGGAGGAGGGAGGGGAGGCAGGGUAAUUAGGGCUGUUUCCUGAUUAAGAGCUCAGUGGAAGGGAGGCCCCCAGAGGAGGCGCGGAGCGGCACUGUGGGAGCGCCAGCCAGGAGCACUGAUACCACACAAUCGAUUCAUUAGCCAGACAGUGGAAGCCUUAAUGAGGCUGACGCCGCAGUUCGAUCUCCCCAGCGAGAGGUGUCAGGAGCUGGGGAAUGAUGACGCUUGGAGAUGGAAAGGGGGGGCUGCUUCAGAUAUCCACAUACACUGACGUGAAACAUAGACUUGCUCACACACACACACACAAGGUACAUGGCAUCGGGCUAGAAUAUACACACACUCAGUUACACCCCCUUGAGGUAAUUGU